GCCGUUCGCACUUCCCACGUUACGCAACGGCACGUGUCGCGGCACGUGAUCCAUCCAUCUCGCUCCUACGCAUUGAGGCAAGCGGUCGUCUCCUCUCACUCUGGCGGGUAUAAAUACGGUACCGUGACCUGCUCCAUCCGUCACUUCCAUCGCCACUUCCAUGAGAGACGCUCUCGCGGCACAUCUUGCUUUGACCAGCUCCCGAGAGUUCCUCUCCAGGGCACUUCCUUGAGAGACACUCUCGCGGUACAUCUUGCUUUGACCAGCUCUCGAGAGUUCCUCUCUAGGUCACGCCGCACCGGCCACCUGCAACGCUCCGCUACAGGUGCCGACCCUAGGAGUUCCUCCUUAAGAACGUCUCCCCCCCACCCUUGGAGUCACCUCCUUAAGGCUGGUAUUCAUUCCUCCCACCAAACCAACCCCAAAGGAGUUUCUCCUAGGGCUUUAUUUCCCACCUCCUCUGGAAAGCCCUGGCGAGUUCCUCUCAGGGGUCCCACCGCGCCUCGAGCGCAAAAAUUCCCUCAACGCCUCCGGCGUAAACAUUGGUGCCGAAACCCGGGAAGUAGGGCUCAGUUGCCGGACUUCCCGAAAGCACGAUCCAUAAAAAAUUCAGUCUAAUAUUAUUCCAUUGUUCUAGUCUGUUUCCAUGUUUUUCCUUUGCAGGUUCCCUAUCUCUUAAGAAAAACCAGACUAACCUUCCUUCCAGAUUUCACAGGUCCCUAGAACCUGUUUCCGUGUAUUCUUGCAGGUUCCCUACCUCUAAGAAAAAAACCUAGCCUACCUCCGAUAACCCUCUCCAGAUUCCCGCGGUUGUUUUGAAAAGAAAAGAUGAGCAGCAACGAAGAUGAGGCCGCCGCGUCUCGAGCAGAACGCAACCGGGCAGCUCAGCAAUUGAAAGCAAAGAGAAACCUUCUCGUUGAACAAGUCCGCGCUACCCGGGACGCCUUCAGGCUUUUGACAGACGAAACGGUCGAGCAUCACAGAGCCAGGUUUGAUAAACUCAAGAUCCUACAGGCGAGGUUCGAAGAAUUUCAAGAUCAAGCAAUAGAGAUGAACAGCCUCCUGUGCAGCAACAACCAGAUAGAGCUAUCGCAGGCACAGGCUGAUUUCGACCGCAUCCACAACGAAGCCGCAGUAGCUUUUCUAUCCAAAGUUCCCAAAGCUACCCGAGAAACGACCUUCAUGAACAACACCUCAUUCUCCACCACCUCCAUCAGGCUCCCCAAACUGGAACUGCCCAAGUACAGUGGAGAUCUGGGAAGCUGGAGGACUUGGCACAAUCUGUACAAAGCCUCCGUGCAUACCAGCCCGUCCUUGCUAGGCGUGCAAAAGUUUCAGUACCUAAUAGGUAGUCUGAAAGGUGAUGCUCUCGCCCUAGUCACAGGACUUGACAUCACCGCGGAAAACUAUGAGGUAGCUUGGAAGCUCCUAUGCGAUCGUUACCAUUCUGAACGUCGUCACGUCUUCUUCCACUUUCAUGGGCUGUUGGACCUGCCGGACGUCAAACAUUCAGAACAGAUUCCCCCGCUCAUAACCAAGAUUAGAGAGCACUCUCAGGCUCUCCAAGCCUUAGGUCAUGCUCCGGAUACCUACGCCGGACUCCUAACGGCUCACAUCAUCAGGAAGCUGUCAUACCGCUUGAGACAGCGACUCGAAGACUAUAGAGGCGCCGACUCAACCUACCCCAAACUCGAAGAAUUAAUGGAAUUCCUCGAAAAGGAGCGACGCGGCUCGGAGGACACCCUGUCCAGCCCCAAGGAGACCAAGACACUGGUCACCUCUCAGCCCAAAAAUGCUGGAGGAAAACCGUGGAAAUCCAAGCCCAGAGGGGAAACCGUACUCACAGCAACCUCCACUCCCGAAGAUGAACCAGACAAAUCUUCAUCCUCCCACCAAAAGGACCCACAGUGUCCGCUAUGCCUCACCGCACACCGAUUGCGGCAAUGCCCUACCUUCCAGGCCAAGAGUGCGGCGGACAGACGCUCGUACAUCGAAGCAAGCAACAGAUGCUUCAACUGCCUUGGCCUGCACAAAGUCUCUCAAUGCAGCAACACUGGAACUUGCUCCGAAUGCGGUAGGAAGCACAACACCAUGCUGCACGAAGAGAAUCCUCCCACCAAGAAAGCUCUCACUGCAUCGCUCGCAGGGAGCAGCCCCUCCUCCACUUCCACGGUCCUAUUAGCCACCGCACGCCUCAGGAUAAGAACCCGAUACGGCUCCAAAGUAGUAAGGGGCAUAUUGGACUCCGCCUCUCAGAGCACGCUGAUCACCCGACAGCUAGCUGAGGACCUAGGACUCCCUGUCCAACCAGCUCAAACCGGCGUCAGCGGAUUAUCCGGCUCCCCCGUGGAAUCCUACGGUCAGGUCCAUGUGAACAUGACCUCCAUCGGACACUUCUCCGUAGCCAAAAGACAUCCCGUCACCGUCAUAGACAAAAUCACUGAUCCGACUCCAUGCCCAGCCAUAGCGAGUAACAUCAGGAAACUAGUGAAAGGAUGGGACCUCGCCGAUCCCACUUUCGACCAAACAGGAGAGAUCCAGAUCCUUCUAGGUGCAGAUCUGUACCCCGGGCUGAUAGCAGGUCCCCCCAUACCAUUGGGACCAUCCCUACCCACGGCCUUCCAGACGAAACUAGGAUGCGUACUCAUGGGCCCCGCACCAGCUGCCUCCAACAGCCCACGCACCCUUCUAACGAGCCUAAACGUCUAUCUGAGCUGUGACCCAUCCAGUGAGAUGCAGAGCUCCUGGGAGAUAGAGGAUUUCAAACCUCAAGUGCCAUCCCAACCGCCCGAAGACCUUGGCAAAACGCAUUACCAGAAGACUACGGAACGCCUUCCGACCGGACGCUACAGGUUCCGGCUGCCAUUCGCGGAGGACCCCUCCUCCUUAGGAGACUCCCGAAAUCAAGCGGUCCCGCUCAGCUCCAGAGGGCAGAAAAAAGGUUUUCUCCUGCGAUAUCCACCAGAUGUGCCUGCAAGUCAGCCUGCACCCAGAAGAUCGCCACUUCCACGUAGUCCUAUGGCGACCAGAGGAAUCCUCACCACAGCCCCUCCCGACAACCACCUCCUAAAAAACUCCUGUACAUCUCCGCACCUAAAUGCACAUUCCAAACACCCCUUAUCGCCGUAUAUUAAGCACUGUGCACCUCAUUUAUUUAUCUACCCUAAUUCCCUUUUCUCCCUCUACCCAUGCCUUCUUGGCUUGCUUUAUAUCUUUACCCUAAUUCCUUUUUCUCCCUCUAUCCAUGCCUUCUUGGCUUGCUUUACCUUCUUACAACUUGUAUUCUUCUAUAAUCUCUCUACGAGGAAUUAUGGGGGGCGGAAUGUUCACGCCGUCACCGCCGUGGAAACUAGCAGCUCAUAUCCCGAAUUGUCGCUCCUCGGCCUGCGUUCCGCGGCCGGUGCCUUCUCCGCUUCCCCGCGCCCGGAGCCUCUCCCGCGUCGCAGCGUCGCGGCCCCCGCGCGUCGCCUGCGGCUAUCUUGCGCAUCUCCACCGCCCGCGCUGAUGACCCCGCCGUGCGUCACCUCCGCACCCAAGGCUGCGUCACGCUCCUCCGCCAUGCUCGGCGCUUGCCUCUAGCACCCGCUAUCC